GAGGAGGCGGAGAGUCCCUCAGCAGGCCUGGCGGGACGUGGCCGACGCCAUGUUGGAGCCUGGCAGAGGCGGAGGCCGGGAGGUAGGAGAGGGACGGAGGGUUGGGUGGGAAGGCAAACCCCACGAAGGGGCGGGGAGCAGCGUCCAGGCCCUCACCGCGGCGUGGCCGGAGCCUGGAGCUCCAGAAGCCAGCUUCCCACCGACACUUCCGCCCCGGCCUCCUCGGCGCCACUGCGCAUGCUUGUGAUGGUUUGGCCCUGCCUGGUUCGUCUUCGUUUUGCUUUGGUUUUCCAGAGGAGCUCUUGCCAGUUUCUCAAAUUCCUGAGACCUCUCCACCUCCGAGCAUGAGCGACUGGAUGCCCAUUGCCAAAGAAUAUGACCCGCUUAAAGCUGGCAGCAUCGAUGGCACGGAUGAAGACCCACACGACCGUGCUGUUUGGAGGGCCAUGCUGGCCCGAUAUGUCCCCAACAAAGGCGUCACUGGAGAUCCCCUCCUUACCCUGUUUGUGGCUCGACUGAACUUGCAGACCAAAGAGGAGAAGUUAAAGGAAGUCUUCUCCCGAUAUGGUGAUAUCCGGCGCCUGAGGCUGGUUCGGGACCUGGUGACAGGCUUCUCCAAGGGCUAUGCUUUCAUUGAGUACAAGGAGGAACGGGCCCUGCUGAAGGCCUACCGUGAUGCUGAUGGCCUGGUCAUUGACCAGCACGAGAUAUUUGUGGACUAUGAGCUGGAGAGGACCCUCCGUGGCUGGAUCCCUCGGCGGCUGGGUGGUGGGUUGGGGGGGAAAAAGGAAUCUGGGCAACUGAGGUUUGGUGGCCGGGAUCGGCCUUUCCGAAAACCCAUCAAUUUGCCAGUUGUCAAGAAUGAGCCACAUCGAGAAGGGAAAAGGGAAAGGAGGGAGCGAUCUCGAUCCAGGGACAGACACUGGGACCCCAGGCCCAGGGAACGGGACCAUGACAGGGGGCGAGAGAAGCGCUGGCAAGAGAGGGAGCAGGCCAGGGUGUGGCCUGAGAAUGAUUGGGAAAGAGAGAGGGAGUUCAGGGAGGAGAGGGUCAAAAGCAGGGACAAGAGAGACAGGAGUAAGUAGAGCCAACAGCAGGCAGCGGAGGCCCACCCAGAGGGGAGGGGCUGAGGCAUCAUCAGGCUGGGGCAGUUCCCUUUCCAGUACAGAACCCAGGCUCAUGCACACAUGCCGAAUCUACCAUUGUCAUCACACAGACCUAAGCGAGGCCAUGCUUUUGCAGUACUGGGGAUUGAACUGGAGAGCACAAGCAAGCUAGGGCCACAGAUGAUGGGAGGGAGAAACAGUAAGAAGUAACCCAUUUCGUGUGGAAAUAAAAAUGUUUUCACGAGCUUGUCAUUGCAGCACGUGGGAGCUGGAGGCAGGAGUAUCAAAUGUAAGAAAGGAGGGAUAAUAAAGAACUUGUCUUGACUUUCUCAGA